ACGCUGACAUAACCUCAAAAUCAAUCUGGUUCAUAGUUUCUGACGCUGUAUUUGUUAUUUGGGUUUAUUAGCAUGCUUAAAAGUUUUCCCUACUUUAAUUAUUGUUUAUCUUGUGAGGAAUUUCGGAUAUCGUCAGGAGGUAACAAAAUUGCGAGGAAUUUCUUCUACAAGCACAAUAAUGAAUGACGAAGAGAUGCGUAACUCUGAGACAGAGGAUGGGGAAUAUUACUUUGAAUCCGAUCACCUGGCACUAAAGGGGAACAAAGAUUAUACAGCACUUUUAAAAACAAUUGUAAUACUAGAGGCUCAGAGAACCCAAGGAAUCGCUGACUUGGACAAAUUAUUAGAAAUUCAAGCAGCUGCAGUCAAGGAUCCCAUAUCUUUUGUCGCCAAACUACAGGAUGGCGAUCUUCUCGAACUUCCUGGUCCACAAAAAAUUGCUGAAAUUCCUUACAUUGAUUGGACUCAGUACAAUAUAGUUUUACCCGAUAGCUCUAUGCGGCCACAAACUCGGCAUGGACCGAUUCUUCCUCAACUUCAAAUAAAAAGCGAACCGGACGAUGGAAAGGUUCUUGUGCGAGGCCGAGCAUUUGACCAAACAAAACCUGAAACAUUUAAUCAGCUAUGGACAACCGAAGAACAGCGACGUUUAGAGGAACUUCUGGUCGAAUAUCCACCUGAAGAAGUAGAAAUGCGCCGUUGGACCAAAAUUGCCAAUGCGCUUGGAAAUCGAACGCCUAAACAGGUCUCGAGCCGCGUUCAAAAAUAUUUCAUCAAGCUACUCAGAGCUGGACUUCCCAUUCCCGGAAGGGGACCGAAAGUUAAAUUGGAUGUUAAACGAAGUUUGAAUCACAGACACCAAAGAAAUAAUUAUUUGUUGUUCAGACCCUCCACGUUUUUUCCACAUCAGGACAUGUCUUUCAACAUUGGCGACGAUAUGCGCGAUAUGUCUGUGACGGAGGACUCGGUAAGUCUUCUAACUCUCAAUGUUUUAUCAAGUUCUGAAGUAAACUUCAGAUGCUUGGAAUCUGUUCAGGAGGAUGAUGGUGGAAAUGGAACAACUGAAGAUACUGCAGAAUUGAGACAUAUUCAGUUGCUUCGACAAGUCAAAGCAGAAAAAGAAGACGAACAGUUGCAGGCUUAUCAGCAUGUUGGGUACAAAUGUUCAUUGUGCGAAGAAGAGCCUCUGAAGGGUACGCGAUGGUAUUGCGAAGAUUGUCAAAGUAAAACCAAUCUCUGUGGAGAUUGUGCCGUCGCACAAUUGGAGUCUGAAACGCCAAUGCAUUCCCCAUUACACAAAUUACGUGCCGUCCGACCACCUCAGUCAAAUAGAAGCUACGACACAGACUACUUUCCACAAAAUUUCAGUAAUUCAUCCUACAAUUACCUAGAUCCUAAUUUUCUGCCUGAAUAAUUGUAAUUUAUACAGUUAAAUCAACUUGCCUCGUUUCAUUGUAGCAUGAUUAAAUUAUUUUGCGUAUUGAGAUAUGUUUUCAAAUCAGAGAACAACCAAGUCCUAGAAAAAAUGGUUUUAUUGAUGCUAUACACAAAUUUUAGUUCGCUGGAUCAUUUUUAGCAAAUAUAACAUAAAUUUUGGUUUCUAGUUCUCGAAAAGUGCCGUUCCUCAAACUGUUUCGAAUCUCCUUGAAAUACUCUAGGUAAUGAUGUAUGUUGUGUCUGAAAUUGUAAGAAGUUCGGCAGAAGUAUAAAUUGCUUUAAAAAGAUUGCUAAGAAGAAUGCUCUUUAUUUUACUUACAUCAUCAAGAGAACUGCGCCCAAGAGUUCUUUGGUUUGAUAUAAGUGAUGCAGAUACGCUUUCGUAUGAUUUAAGCAUGUCAAACACUUGCAAUCUUUGCAAAUAGGUGUGAAAUCAUCCGCAUACCUUGAACGAUCAAAAAGUAAAUCAGAUACUGUUUUGUUCAAUUCAAGAUAUAGACGCAUAGACAGUGUAAAUUACCGUUUUUCUGAAAUCGAUAUCAUAGGCGAUUCGCCAGAUUCAGAAUGAUGGUAUAAAAAUGUGAGAGCACAUGAUCUUUCAGUGACGAGAUAUGGAUAAGAAGAAUCGAAUAAAUCCACUCCUAGUUUAAUGAGAUUCAUUACAGUUACAGGGUUCCAGGCACCCAUCGAGACACGCAUCUUGUCCUGUGGUAAUAAGCUCUGAAAAAAAUAAUGCAAUCAGGUUGGUAAAUGAAAUAUUCAAGAAGCUGAGUAGAGCAGUGUUUUGAUGAUGUACCAACAAUCGUGUGUUUGACGAUAUCCUCCACAGAUUGGAAAGGGAUCUUUUCAGUUUCUGGUCCGUUAUUGUGUAACCCAUCAAUAACAUAUCCAGCCAAAUUUUUGCCUUCUAAAUUUUUUAUGCUGAGUUCUCUAGCUGUGGUGUUGUAUCCGCCGC